CCUUUUACUAUAAAUGUCUUUAAAGGUUAAUUUACACUGUGCGAGACACAAAUUACUAUUCGAGGUAACGAGUAGAGGUUUUCUACAGAAAAUAAAUUCUUUCGGAUCUAGGUUUGUCUUGCACACUUUGGUGUGUAUCGAGCGAUAAAGAAGAAAUGAAUGAUACAAAAAUACACUAAUCAGAACAGAGUAUUUCCAUCUAGUAAACAAUCCAGCAUGAAAACAAGAAUCGUUUGCCAUUGGCUUUAGUCAUAGAGAAAUAUCUCGAGUAUAAUUACAAUGUUUAAUAUGUAAUUAGUACGUAAUCUAAUAUAUUCGGCUUAAAGUUAACAAAUUAUAAGAAGUUAGGAAUAUUGUUGAUAUAUUCAACUAGUUUUAUAGAAAUAACCUAUUAAGACAGUAAUAUCUUUAUAAUAACUUACGUAAAAUAUAAAAGCAAACAGAUAAAUAAUUAUUUCAAACUAUAAUAUAUUAUGGACAUUACGAAAAAUACGAAGUCAGGAGAUAUGACAAAAGAUACUAAAGAAGAGUUGUAUCUUGACAAAACAAAGUCUGAAACUACACAACUUAGUCAUCAAGAAUUAAUAAAACUGACUAAGGUAGCAAUAGAUAAUAUUAUCGAAAGUGAUCCACUUCUUUCCGGAUUACCCUCAGAUGUCACAAUAGAAGAACUUAAAUCACAGAUUGCAGUUGCACAAGGACAAGCUAUAACUUUAUUUUUAAAUCGUGGAGAAUUACCAAAGCUUGCAGUAGUGGUUCCACCACAUGACACAACAGUUCUUGAUUUAAAGAAGGCUAUAAAACGACAUAUGAGUUUAUCUUUAAGAAGAGAAAAUGUCAAGAAGAAAAUAAGUUGGAAACACAUUUGGAAGAAAUAUCAUCUCUGUUUCAAACAUAUUAAACUUACUAAUAACAAUGAAAAUAUCAAAACAUGUGGUAUCAUAAAUAAAGCUGAAUUACAUUUUAUAAAGAAACGCAGAGAAAAGAAUAAACUGAUAAAAAGUUAGACAUUUUUAAA